AGUGCCUGAGAUCUUUUUGAAACGGCUCUUUUUCCAGAUACCAAAAAACAGUUGGAAUUUUACUUUUAAGCUCUUUGGUUGUUUUUAGAAGCGGUUGAGACACAACUGGAAGCAUAAAUAUGCUCAAAUUGUGAGUUUUUCAUAAUUCUCUUCUGAGUCCUUUAUCUCCGUCUGGAUUGGUUUAUAUCACCAUUUGAAAGCAAAAAAAAAAAUACAGGCCAUCGAUAAAUACAUUAUUUUGGUCCAGACUUUCUCAUUGGUCCCUCGGCUCGUAUUGGCGGCGCUAACACAAAGUGACAGAGCUGUAAAAACAGAGGAUCACAUUGUGCUGUGUGUAGGGGUGACCUAUUGUCUGGUACAUACGUCCUGCUAUGGAGGCGCUUUUGAUCGCCAUGGCAUGUGCGCUCCUGUUCUGCUCUGUCAAAGGGGACGACUGGUGGGGGGAGUACCAGGAGGGGAUACGACACUACAGUGACGAGGACCUCAAUAAGAUGUUUCCAGAGAAAACUCGACCCAUGUUCUUCAAACAUCCUCCGUUCCAGUGUCCUGACAUGACCCCGUCUGCUACUGUCCCCUCUUCUGUUGAAUUUGUGAAGGCAGCGGAUAUAAAAGUCAUCACCGCCUUGGGAGACUCCAUGACUACAGCUGUAGGUGCCAAUGCCACCACUGUGCUGGAAAUCCCAAUAGAGUUUCGCCAUGUGUCGUGGAGUAUUGGAGGCUACGGUACUUUUCAAGACGCCAUAACUCUAGCGAACAUCAUCAAGUUAUUCAACCCCAAUCUGCUUGGCGCUUCUCCUGGGCAGACUAUGCAUGGGAAGGAGGCUGAUAUUAGUGAAACCGGCUUUAAUCUGGCCGUGACCGGUCAUAACACCUUCGACCUCCCAGGUCAGACAAGAGAAUUAAUUGACACUCUGAGACGACAUGAGGGUCUUAACUUUGACGAAGACUGGAAGCUCCUGACCAUUCUCAUAGGCAUGAAUGACAUUUGUGAUUACUGUAAAGAUAAGGCUCUGUAUUCGGUGGAUAACUUCAUUCACUACAUUACCGUCUCUCUAGAAAUGCUUAUGAAUGAGGUUCCCCGUAUGAUCGUCAACGUGGUGCAGAUUUUGCGAAUGGAUUUUCUGAGGGAGGUGGAGAAGCCCACCCCAGGGUGUCGUCUACAGCGGUCCUUCUGCCCGUGCCUGAUCGAGCCAGUGUCCAACUCUCCUGAACUUAAGGAGGUCAUUGAGGUCAAUCUGGAGUUUCAGAGGAGACUCGAGAAGCUGCUGCACAGCGAUCGCUUCUUCAGGAAGGAUUUUGCUGUUGUCCUGCAGCCUUUCCCGAAACACGCUGAGCCACCACGCCUCCCGAACGGGAAGAUUGAUAUGACCUUCUUCACUCACGACUGCUUCCACAUCACCAUAAAGGGACACGAGGAGCUGGCUAAAGGACUGUGGAACAACAUGUUUCAGCCUGAAGGAGAGAAAAUGAUUGUGACCAGUUUUACUGAACCCCUCAAGCUCAUCUGUCCACCAGAGGAACACCCAUACAUCUUCACCCGCCCGGUCGCAGCCAAGUCGAGUCCGUCUCUUCUUCACUCCAAGUCCACAUCGCCGGCUGCCAUCGUCCUGCUCCUCCUCUUCUUCUUCACAAACAUUUCUCGUUACUCAUAGUUGUUCUUUAACAAACCUCACAAGGCUUUCAUAGAACACCUACACAUAUAUGUACAACGCACUGAGAGUAAAAUGUUGCGUUGGUUUCCUACCAUUUCACUACUAUUUAUGGGUUACAAUCAAUCAAAUAAAAUCCCAGUAAACAAUG